UGUUUUGAUAUUUUCUGAGUCAUUUUUAAGGCGUCGUAGAGCAGCAAAACAUAAAAAAAGUUAUCAGUAAAAAUUUAAUAUUUCAACCAUCAACAUGACGCUGGUUACAGAUCAGGAGUGGUCAGAAUAUAAGGUCAAAUUUAACAAAAGCUAUGAGACAGAGGAGGAUUCGAUGCGUCGCAAAUUGUAUGAGAAGUCCAAGGCCAAGAUUGAGGAACAUAACAAGAAGUUUGAAAGCGGUGAAAUCACCUGGAAAAUGGGAAUUAAUCAUUUGGCCGAUCUAACUGAAGAUGAGUUAGCCAUGAGAAGUGGCGGCAGGAAGCAGCCGCCCAAGUGAACAGUAAAUGAGAGCUGCGAAUCUCAAUGACUUGUCAUUUAAUUGAAAUAAUCUCAAUCUCUAUAUCUCUGUUUUUUAUAUGUAUGUAUGUUUAUAUAUUUUUUUAUAGCAAUUUAAGACAAAAUAAACAUCAGCUGUUUGCAUUUAUGUAUAUGUAA